AUGGAUAACGCAGAUUUAGAAAAUUUAAUUGAUGAUUUAGUACUUAAUCAAAAUUUUCUUAAUUAUUAUGAAUUAAAAUCAUAUCUCCAAAAACAUAAUAAAAAUAUAACGGGUGAUGAUAUGGAUUAUUAUUAUUCGUAUUAUAAAAAUGAAAUUUUGAAAUAUCAUGAUAAAAUAAUUUCUGAAAUUAAAGACAAAAUUAAAAAUAAUGAAUAUACAAAGGGAAAAACUAAAUCACAACUUAAACAGUUGAAAGAUUUCAAAAAUAAAGUAUUAACAGAAGAAGAUAUUGUUGAAUUAUAUAAAUUAUAUAAUCCUGAGCCGCAAAAGCCAAAGGAACAAAAACAAAAGAAGAAAAAGCCGAGCUCUAAAGUAGCAAAUGUUCAACAGCUAAAGGUGCAAAACACCCAGGUCCUUCAGACCAUAAAUGAUGCACAAGCUUUAAUUUAUGAUUCAUUAGUUAAACCAUAUUCAGCCCGACUUUUAAAUGAAGAUCAACUUUUGGAAUUCAUCCUUCAACAUAAACUCGAAGCGGGAAAGUAUAUCAAGCCUUUAUAUACAGCAUAUUUAAAACAAAUGAAUAGAAUACAUCCAGAAUUAAUGAAGGGAGGAAUGAAAUCCAAAACUUCAUCAUCCAAAAUCAAAGCGGAUAAAAUUAAACCACUUACAACACCAAAACCUCCAACGGUAGUACCUCCUCCUUCAGUUAAUCCUUCAUCAUUCACUUUAUUAUAUCCAUUUCAAACAUUAAAGAAGCAAAAAGAUUUUAAAAAGGAUUUCAAGAUAUUAAAUAAACCAACUGACCCAAAAAUUCAACCAUUAAAGGAAAAAUUCAGUCGCCCUUCAUUUGCCCCAUAUCCAUAUUCAUACGAAAUCGAGCAUCUGGAAUAUUCAAAAGGAAACGUUACUUAUUUAUUCGCCAUUAACAUUAGUUAG